UGAACAACGUCAGAAGAAAAAUUGUCAAGAGAUGUUCUUUGCUGUUUUAUUCGUACGAAUUUUUGUGUGCAAGCGCCAAAGAUAUCUUAUGGGCGAUGAGAAGAUUUAAAAGCAACUAUUACAGUGGGUUGUUCCCAGAAAUGGUCCUAAUAUUACUUGUUCCAGCAGCUAUGUUUUAUCCAAUAUAUCAAUUGAUUCGUCUCUUCAUCUUAGUGCUUCUUUACCCCUUCAUUGUGCUGUAUUUCCUCCUAUGGAAGGUUUUAGCUACUGUAGUGGCGCCAAUUAAGCUUGUAGAAAAGAAGAAAAACGACUACAAAGAAGCUAAAGAGAUUUUGAAGUUGGUAUGUGAUCAUAUUGAUAGGUUGGGCUUCUCUGGUUCUCACCAUCCCUGUUACAGCAGACCAAUUCUUGAAGCUGCAUGUCAAGGUGCUUAUGAAGUUGUUGAUGAGAUUCUAUCUCGAUUCCCCAAAGCAAUCGAUUGUAAGAAUCAAAACGGGCUUAACAUCAUUCAGUUAGCAGUGAUAAACCGUUCAGAAAAAGUCUACAACCUUAUCUAUCACAUAGUUGAGCGUAAAGACUUUUAUAGAACGGUUAUGGAUUCCUCUAAGAACAAUAUUUUACACCUGGCCGGAAGAUUGGCACCUUCACGUAUACUAAGCCGUACUACAGGAGCUGCACUGCAACUACAACGGGAACUGCAAUGGCGUGAGGAAUUGGAGAAAUUUGUGUUUCCAGCAUACAUCACUGAAGAGAACAUCUUUAAGGACACACCAGAAAUGGUGUUUACAAGGGAACACGAGAACUUGGUGAAGGAAGGGGAAAAGUGGAUGAAAACCACAGCGGAAUCAUGCAGUAUCACCGCAGCACUAAUUACCACAAUCGUAUUUGCAGCAGCAAUUACGGUACCAGGUGGAAGCAAUCAAGAAACAGGUAUUCCCGUGUUUAAGGGAACCGUUCCUUUCACUAUCUUUGCGGUAUCUGAUGCAAUCUCGUUAUUUGCAUCCGCUACUGCACUUUUAGUUUUCUUGUCAAUCCUGACCGCACGUUUUUCAGAACAAGAUUUUCUUGUUAGUUUACCAAGACGGCUGAUUAUUGGUCUUUGCACAUUGUUCCUUUCUACAACUAUGAUGAUGAUAGCGUUUAGUGCGACGUUGUUCCUUGUGUUUGUUGAUCAAAGGAACUGGAUGUUGGGUCCAAUAGGUGGACUAACUUGCCUACCGAUUGCAGUUUUCGUGACUCUACAAUUCCCGCUUGUGGUAGACUUGUUCCGAUCAACGUAUUUUCCCAUCUUUGGUAAGCAAAGUUACAUAGAGCGUGGUAAAUUUAAUCCGAAUAACAUCCAAUAUUUUUUUGGUAAUCGGGGCAUCGAGUAUGUAUUGGAAUGAUUUGUUGUAUAUGCAAUUUCGAGUUGAGUAAUCAGAAGAGGGGAGAAUAGUGAACAGUUUAAGAACCUGUUGUGUAUGUUCAUCAAAUUUUGUAACCGAUAUGUAUGUUUGAUUGGCUUAAUUAAUCACCUACAAGUUCAGUUGUU